AUGUCGCACGAUCCUUUCGGCUACCUCCACAGACCUCCUUUCUCCCAGAGCCUUGCGGUUCCCGGUACCAACGCCCGUUACCGGCUCCUCACCACUUCCGGCCACUGCCCCUUUCCUCCAAACCUGACUCUGCCCUCGUCUCUCUCCCAACUGAACUCGGCCGAAGCCCAAGGCCCUCCUGCGGAGAGACCACUUCUACGGAACCCGAGCUGGUACAAGUGGAGUCAGGAUUCACAAACGCUCAUUUUAGUGACCUUACCCCAGGGCCUGGGGUGGAAAUUUCGGCUACGGAAAAAGGUCCGUGUGUGGAGGACUGAUGGUGACGCUCAAGUCUUAGCGCUCAGGUUCUCGAGGGCCUUUAAUACGCCGUUGUGCUUUGGGACUUUCCAGGACGAGGAGGGAGUGAGGCUGCACACCCGAGUGUUUGCUGGAUUAUUUUCCGUCUCACCAUCUCAGAGCACCUGGUGGGCGUUUGAGGCGCGAGCUUCGUGCCGGCUGCGCCUGCGCAUGAGCCGGGUGAGGACGCCCUUGGGGAGCAUGAGCCGGCAGGGCAGACACCUUGCAGAACCCUCUUGUGAACCACAGGUCCAACCCUGUCGUCUGAUUGAGGGCUGAGGGUGUCCCUGCAGCCGCCAGUGGAGCUCUUCCCUAAGCCAGUGCGUGCCGUGGGGAGGUAAUUAGACGGAGUGGACUCAGAAGCUGCUCCACAGAGCAUAUGAAUUAAACACCAGAGACCUGAAGUAUGGAAAGUCACUUGUACUCAUCAUCAACUUCACUUUUUCAUCUUUAAUUUGGGUUGAAGAAUUAUGAGAUGUCAGCAUUCAGUUUUCAGAUAUUCCCUUUUCUCAGAAAUUGCUGUCUACUGGUUGUCUAGUUGUUUUGCUUGUUUUAAUGCUUUCUAGGGCCUCAUUUCAUUAAAUAUCCCACUUCCAACAUUUGCCUUCA